AACGUCGACAUUUGACGUUUAAUGUACGUUGACGUGAUCGCCAGGGUUCCGAAUAUUUAUAAAGAAAAUUUAAAAAAUACGUAAAUCUCUUUAAAUAUCACUUUAAAAAAUGGGUUACAAAUUCCUCAAACUUGCAACUUCAUCAGUAAAGGGUGGAAAUUUACGAAUCGCUACAAGAAACUAUGCAACCAGUCAUGAUGCUGACCUGGUUGUAAUUGGUUCGGGCCCUGGCGGUUAUGUUGCUGCUAUCAAAGCUGCCCAAUUGGGUAUGAAGACAAUUUCUGUAGAGAAAGACCCAACUCUAGGUGGAACAUGCCUAAAUGUUGGUUGCAUUCCAUCAAAAGCUCUCCUGCACAACUCACACUUGUACCACAUGGCCAAACAUGACUUCAAACACCGUGGUAUUGAAGUUGGAAAUGUUUCCUUCAAUUUCGAUGCAAUGAUGAAAUACAAAACUAAUUCAGUGAAAGCGCUGACUGGAGGUAUUGCUAUGCUUUUCCAAAAGAACAAGGUAAAACUAGUUAGAGGUCUGGGAACAAUUGUUGCACCCAACAAAGUUGAGGUGAAGGGAGAAAAAGGUGUUGAGACUAUUAACACUAAAAACAUUCUUAUCGCUACUGGCUCUGAAGUUACACCAUUCCCUGGAGUCACUUUUGACGAGAAACAAAUUAUAACAUCUACAGGAGCGCUCUCCCUUCCAUCCGUACCUAAGAAGAUGUUGGUAAUUGGUGCGGGAGUGAUUGGUCUAGAGCUGGGCUCCGUGUACCAGAGACUCGGAGCUGAUGUCACCGCAAUAGAGUUCCUUGACACUAUCGGAGGUGUGGGUAUUGAUGGAGAAGUAUCAAAAACUUUACAGAAAAUCCUUGUGAAGGAAGGCAUGAAGUUCAAACUCGGUACUAAAGUGAUGGGAGUGAAGAAGGAGGGCAGUGUUGUGAAGGUCGAAGUCGAAGCGGCCAAGGGCGGGAAAAAGGAAACGUUGGAUUGCGACGUGGUGCUGAUCUCGAUAGGUCGACGGCCCUUCACCGCCGGCCUCGGCCUGGACAAGGUGGGCAUCGCGCUCGACGACCGCGGCCGCGUGCCCGUCAACAACAAGUUCCAGACCACCAUCCCCGGAAUUUACGCAAUCGGCGACUGCAUCCACGGGCCCAUGCUCGCUCACAAAGCUGAGGACGAAGGCAUCGUCUGUGUUGAAGGUAUUAAGGGCAUGCCGGUGCACUUCAACUACGACGCUAUCCCCUCAGUGAUCUACACGUCGCCUGAGGUCGGAUGGGUCGGCAAAUCCGAGGAAGAUCUUAAGAAAGAGGGUCGUGCGUACAAGGUGGGCAAGUUCCCGUUCCUGGCGAACUCGCGCGCGAAGACCAACGGCGAGCCCGAAGGCUUCGUCAAAGUGCUCGCCGACAAGGCCACGGACGUCAUACUCGGCACACACAUCAUCGGACCGGGCGGCGGCGAGCUGAUCAACGAGGCGGUGCUGGCGCAGGAGUACGGCGCCGCGGCGGAGGACGUCGCCCGCGUCUGCCACGCACAUCCCACAUGUGCGGAGGCGCUCCGUGAAGCAAACUUGGCCGCGUACUUCGGCAAACCAAUCAACUUCUAAAGUGAGGUCAUGUGAUAUUACCGCGAUGUCAUAAGCUGGUCAUAGUGCAUGUGAGGGCAGUUAGGAAUCUUGUCUGAAUCUGAUGUGAAUUAAAUUUUAAUUUAUUUAGUUACCGUGUUAUACGCCACUUUAUUUUGUCCAUUAUUUAUAAACAAUGUGAAUUCCACUUAAUUUAUAUUUAGGAUGACCGGUGUUUGAGAAUUUCGCCAUACAACUACAAAUCGUCGUGCAGUUUACUGCAUUGUAUAUUGUAUUUAAUUUCUGUUGUACAUAAGUUAUAAAAAAAAUUAAAGCUAAAA